GGCCCGGAUGGCGGCUCCGCCAUGGCUGAGCCGCGCUCCAAGCGGCCCCGCGGGACGCUCCCCGCCUGCCAGGCGCACCGCGCAGGGCCCAGCAGCCGUGUGAGGCACAGCUUCCCGGCCGCCGUGGAGGAGGGAGUCUGCGGCGUCACCAGCGCGCUGCUGGAGCUCGCAUACUGCCUGCAGGCGCUGGUAAGGCGGAGGGACCGGGAGAGGGUGCCCCCUGCGCCCUGCCCGAGCAGCCACCGGGCGGGUGAAUAUUUUGAUCAGUCACAUGUGGCUCUACCAAAUGUUUCAAAGUUCUUCUUGCAUCAAGCUCUGGAAGAGAGAAAAGCUGCAGAGGCUUUGAUGAAGUAUCAACAAGAAAGAGGUGGUCAUUACUGUUCUAAAACCAUUCAGAAACCAAACUGUGAGUAUGCAGUUGGACUGAUGAAAGCCCUGGAACUAGCAAUGGUACAGUGGAAAACUAUGGUACGGUAUUUUGAAGAGCUUUAUGCCCUGAGUAUUGAAAAUGCCGACCCUCAUAGCGCAAGCACUAUCAAGAAACAAUUUAUUGGGCCCAAAAUCCAGAAGAUCAAGCUGAUGGGGGAUCUGCUGACCAAUGCUCGCAGGCUUGACUGUUCCCAGGAUGGCAGAAAUAGUCUUGGGGAUUACUUUAUGGACCGGUUGCAGGAAGAGUUCAGAACAGGCAUAGAGCCCUGCCUGCCUCUGCAGCAGUGUACAGGAGCUGCAGAGGCUCUGAAGCAACCCCCAAGAGAAUCUUCCCAGCAUAGAAAUGGCAUAGGGCCAAUCUGCGCAACCAUACACUGUGCUACCAUGCUGCCACAGCGUAAUGGUGGGAUAGGAGCAAAAGUGAAGCAGGGCAGGGAGGGUCUUUAAUGCUGUGGCUGUUGCAGCUACAAGGCAGCUUCUAAGGCAUACCUGUAUAGAGGGUGGACUUGAGACCAGGACUCAGGAGCCAUGAUGCUGUAUUGCUCCUCCACUCUGUCCUCUGCUGAGUGACAGCUCAAACUCUAGCCCAUAUCGUUACUGUGUUUAAAUGACAGCAAGGUUGCUAGUUACCUAGACUGUUUGCAUUAAUCACUUUUUUAUAUAUGUAAUUCUUCCUAGAAGCUUUUAAACCUCUUUUCUAUCUUAAAUGAUUAGUUAGGAAAAUUAUUUCUAACAGUAUAUAUAACUUUUAUUAAAAAAUAAAAAAGCAACUUUAGUAUAUGGAAACUUCUAUGUGGCAGAAAAUCCAAAGAUUUAAUUUUAUAAUAUUAAGUAUUUUAUAUUACUAACAUAUUUUACAUUACUAACAAGUAUACUAACAAAAUGAACUUUUUUUAAAAUGGCUGUUUUAAAACAAGGUUUUCUUAUCUUAUUUUUGUAAUAGUAGCUAUUUAAAUGAGUAAUCUAAUUCAUUCACUUAUCACCCAGCUAUUUCUAGGGGUAUACUGCUACAGAAUGAAGGAUGCAAACAUUUUCUUAACAGUGGGAGCAAGAUAAUGUGCUGGUAUUCUCUACAGUUAUUUGCCUGGUUGGCUUUUCUCAUCCUCAUAAAGCAGAAGAGAUACAUUAUGGGUUCUCAUUAGAUGUGAUCUUUACAUGUUCUCGUGCAUAUUUUGCAAAUGUCACUGAAGACUAGGGCUCUGUUCAGACUUAUCCUAGGGUGGAUGUUUUAAUUACCAUAUAGACCCCUCUUUUCAGAUAGCUAAAUUAUGGUAUUACUAUGACAUUACUGCUAUUUCUUGUAUUUAUCGUGGUACUCAGUAGAGGAGUAAGAUCCUAGUGAAAAUACAGCACAAUUAACUAGAAUUGCAUCCUAGAGAGUGGCCAGUUUUGCAUUUCAGUUAGGGGUGUUCAGUUAAGGAGGCUAAGGGCUUUGCUUUAGCCAGCUUGGGUAAAGUUCAGAGCUGUCCAGAUUCCUUCUGUUCAUCUCCUACAGGAGAGAUUCUCUGUACACUGGCUACCAAGGUCACCUAAGAAGAGCAACUGGUUGGAUCAGCUGCCUGCAGCUAGCUUUUUAUCUCUGUAUACAUUACCUUUUAAGCACCUGGAGUUUGCCUCAUUGACAGAUUGUCUCACACUUUUAUAUAAUACUGUGAUACUUUUGUUAUGCUUGACAAUAAAUUCAGUUCAGAAAUGGCAA